UGUGCAAAAUAUGUCUGUAUGGACAUUUGGUCCUAUUUUGUUUUUACACAAUAAUGUGUAUUUUUACACAAUAAAUGAAGACUUAUUUUAGAACAAGUUAACUCGAGUGUAAACAUGGUCCAGAGUCUGCUGAUUGCAGUCAGGAUGGCCAGGCUGUCUCGAGGCCCCUGCGUUGGGGGCUGGGAGAGGGUGAGGGGACUGUCCUCUAGGCACUCAGCUCUCUGUGCCCCGCAGAGAACGGUGGAGAUGAGGGAGACGGGAGCAGCAGGAGCAGAGGACCCCAGCUCCCCAUUCUCCAGGUCCCUCAUUGGAACUUUCUUCCAGGACCAACCACUGCUGGGGAACCAGCUCUUGGAAGAUGCCCUGCUCCAGGGCUAUUUGAGGAGACAUCUCCCCCCUGAGGUGCUGGGGGAGGUGUGUUCGGAUCUCGAGUGCUUCUCUGAGAGGCUGUGCAGUGAGAUCCAGGCACUGGGGCGGCAGUGUGAAGAGACUCCCCCCCGGCUGCAGCACUAUGAUCCCUGGGGGCGGCGCGUGGACCGCAUCAUCACCUGCCCUGCCUGGGGCCGCAUGAAGGAGAUCUCCGCAGAGGAGGGGCUGGUAGCCGCAGGCUACGAGAGGACAUACGGGCAGUGGAGCCGUGUUUACCAGGUGUCCAAGCUGUACCUGUACUGCCCCUCCGCCGGGCUCUUCUCCUGUCCUCUAGCCAUGACUGACGGGGCUGCCAAGAUCAUUGAGUCGAUUGGUGUCUCUGGCCUGCUGGAAAAGCCAUUCCGACAGCUGACCUCUCGUGACCCCAAGCGUUUCUGGACCUCGGGCCAGUGGAUGACCGAACGCAAGGGCGGCUCUGAUGUCGCCAGUGGGACAGAGACGGUGGCAAAGCCCCAGCCAGACGGGACCUACCGGCUCUACGGCUUCAAGUGGUUCACCUCUGCCACCGACUCGGACAUGACACUGACCCUCGCCAGGGUGGUGGACAAGCACGGGGAAACCCUGCAGGGCAGUAAAGGGCUGUCUCUGUUCUACGUGGAGGUCAGAGAUGAGCAGGGCAAUCUGAACAACAUCGAGGUGCAGCGGCUGAAGGACAAACUGGGCACCAGGCAGGUCCCCACUGCGGAGCUGCUGCUGGACGGGGUGCGAGCCCAGCGGAUCUCUGAGGAGGGAAGAGGAGUGGCUUCUAUCGCCAACAUGCUGACGAUUACCCGGAUCCACAACGUCAUCUCUGCAGUUGGGUGCAUGAGAAGGAUAAUUAACUUGGGUCGAGAGUACGCCACCAAGCGCGUCGUGUUUGGAAAGUUCUUGAAGGAGCAUCCACUUCAUAUGCAGACCAUGGCGAGGAUGGAGGUGGAGACACGCGCUGCCUUCCUGCUGCUGAUGGAGCUGUCUCGUCUGCUGGGGAGGGAGGAGACAGGCUGUGCAUCUGAGCUGGAGCUGGACAUGCUCCGACUGCUCACACCGGUCGCCAAGCUGUACACCGGCAAACAGGCGGUGGCGGUGAUUUCGGAGGGGCUGGAGUGUUUCGGGGGUCAGGGCUACAUGGAGGACACCGGCCUGCCAGUGCUGCUGAGGGAUGCACAGGUCCUGAGUAUUUGGGAGGGCACGACCAACAUCCUGUCCCUGGAUGUCCUGCGCUCGCUGGCAAAGAGCCGGGGCCGGGUGCUGGAGGCCUUCUUCACAGACAUCAAGCGGAAAUUAGAAGCUGCGUCAGUGAGGCCAGCUCUGACCCCAGCGAUGAAGGCAGUGGAGAGCUCCCUCCACAGGCUGGGCCAGUUUGCACAGGUCUCCUCAGAGAGGGGCCCAGACUUCAUGCAGCUCUCAGCCCGAGAUUUUGCUUACAGCCUGGCCCGGAUCUACAUGGGCACUCUGUUAGUGGACCAUGCUGCCUGGGAAGGAGCCUCACAGUCUGACCUCUGUGCUGCCCUAAGGUGGUGUGAGCAGGAUCUGUGCCCAGUUGUUACCAAAGAGAAAACGGGUUGCUAUAGCCGUGACUCCUCCGCCAUGGAUACUGCCUUGGUGUAUGAGGGGAGCCCCGUCGUCAAAGGAAGACUGUAAUACACCCAGCACACCCACCCCUUCACUGCCUCCAGACAGGCUACAAUGAGAGGGGAGUUCACAGAGUACUGCUGUGAUACAGAUACAGUGCUAAACAGGAACUCUAUACAAAGAAAAAUGAAGAAUCUGUUUACUGGGCAGGGUAAAGUAGCAGCUAAAACAAACACACACUAAAAUAAUGACACAGGUCUAGCGCAGGCUGAUUGUUUUUUGUUUGUGCGGAUGCCCCCCCUUUUACUGGAAUCCUCAGUUUAGUUUUCUCUAUAUCCUGUAUGUAUUUCAUACAGCCUUAUUUAGCCAAGGCUUGUGAAACGGGUGACAUAGUUGUAGACUUGUGUAGGGUUUCUGUAAAGGUGCACGUGUUCUAUAUGACAUAAUAUCCUUUUUUUAUCUACAGAGGCACUGCAUUGUAAAUUGUUAAAUUGACAGGUUUGGGUAGAAUUAUAUUCAUUUUUCCUACCCUGCAGUAGUAACCUGGGUCUGCUUUUAUGGAUCACACCGAAUCCAGCAUGUUGUUUUGUCAUUUUUCUUCUUACUGUCUUGAUGAUUUUUAUUUUUUGAAGAAGAAUCAUCAUCAUCAUGUAAACUUGAUGCCUCAACUAAAUGCAAAAUAAACAGAAAUAAGUAAAUAUCA